CGUGUGAGGACGAACGACUCCCAUUGACGCGAUAUAGAUCCCCCAGAGUAGGAGUGGCUCUUUGACAUCUUUGUUCAUCCUUCGCGCUAUGCCCGACCUCCUUCAUAUAUCUAACUGGGUGGACGGCGUGCAUGCUGUCCCCACAGCCGAACGAAUACAGGUUAUCAACCCCGCGACCGAGUCCACGAUAGGCGCUAUUGACGCCACGCCGCGAGAGGCCGUCGAUGCCAUCAUCUCCGACUCUCUGCGCACGUUCCGCCAGGGCAAGUGGUCCCGUGCAGACGCCUCGGAGAGGUUCUCCGUCCUCUCCAAGGCGGCGGCGCUGCUGCGGGCACGGAUCCCCGAGUUCGUCGAGCUGGAGACGCAGCAGACAGGUCGGCCCAUCCGUGAGAUGCGCGCCCAGUUGGCGCGGAUCCCGGAGUGGCUGGAAUACUUUGCCUCGCUGGCUCGUGUCCACGAGGGGCGGGUCACGCCCUUCAAGGGCCCGGUCAUCAACACCGUCACGCGCCUGCCCCUGGGCGUGGUGGUGCAGAUUACGCCCUGGAACCACCCCCUUCUGAUCGCAACGAAGAAGAUCGCUGCAGCUCUCGCGGCCGGAAAUGUCGUGGUGGUGAAGCCAUCCGAGCUGGCGCCGUUGUCGGUCCUGAGGCUCGGAGCGUUGUUCCAGGAGGCCGGGCUGCCGGACGGGACGCUGCAGAUCGUGUGUGGCUACGGGCGAGACACGGGCAAGUUCUUGUGCGAGAAUCCCUUGGUGGCCAAGAUUGACCUGACGGGCGGGAUCGCGACAUACAAGGCCAUCGCAUCGAGGGCUGGCGAGAAUAUGAUCCCCAUCACGGCCGAGCUCGGUGGGAAAGCCCCCGUGUGUCUUCUCCCCAGUGUGGACGUCGAGCAAGCGGUCCGGGCCGCUCUCUUCGCCAGUUUCAUCGCCAGUGGCCAGACGUGCGUGACUGGAAGUCGUCUGCUGGUGCACAGGGAUAUUUACGAUCGAUUUGCCGAGCUGCUGGAGAGGAGAGUCAAAGCCCUGCGGGUCGGCGACCCAGAGGAUCCGGCGACACAGAUCGGAGCAGUCAUCUCGAGCGCGGCUCAAGCGAGAUGCGCCGCAUUCGUGGACCGUGCCGUCAAGGAAGGCGGCAAGAUCCUCUGCGGCGGCAACGCGACGACGGUGGCGGGGAAGGGGUUCUUCUUCGAGCCCACCAUCAUCGAAACGCAACAUGGCUCCGAUUUGUCCUGCAACGAGGUCUUCGGUCCGGUCAUCGCGCUCGUCAAAUGUGAGUCGGAGGAGGACAUCAUUCAGAUUGCCAACGACAGCCCCUUCGCACUGGGAGCGUCGGUCUGGACGAACGACAUCUCACAGGGGCACCGGAUGGCGGAGAAGAUCGAGGCCGGCAUCGUCUGGAUCAACGGGCAUCACUUGAACGACCCUUCGUCGCCCUGGGGAGGAUUCAAGGAGAGCGGACUGGGCAAGGAGAACGGCGUGGAAGCCUAUGAGAGCUAUACUAAAGUCAAGAGCACCGUCAUCAACUAUGGCAUCCCUCCUGCGUGGUUCGACGAGGAGGUUGAGAACGCACGGUAUGGCUAACCACUUGCCUGGGACUCAAGCACAGACAUGUGUGCGUGAUCUGUCGAGGUCCAACCUCCCGGUUGGCUGGACUCUGUCUCGUACAUACAAGCAUAUCCUCCUGGCUGAUCUCGCAGCUACCAUCCGAAUCCUCACUUCACCGAGCGAGAUAGCUCUGUAACUCGGUUACAUUUGGAUCCCAGCCUAUCAGGAACAAGCCAAAUGGCUUUGCCGACUCCAUUCGCUGCCCUCGAUCACGAAAGUAAAUCAAAAGGAGGUCCGGCCUGGGCACUGGGUGCAACUAAAGAAUCUCGACGAUCGUCCUACCCAUCGUGAGACGUUAUCAACCCAUAGUCAUAUUACGGCUGCCGACGGUGUCAGUCCUGAUAUGCAAUAGACUGUAUCCGGCAGGGUCACAGGUCAGGUAUAGAUGACAUCCUUGCACAUCAGCAAUGGCACCAAAGAUGAGGCAUGCCUCCACCACAAUGAGUUGUGUGAGCACGAAGUUCCCCAACAGAAAUCCCUUGACAACAGAUUGUUGUCUGCGAAUGGCC